UAUAAAAGAUAAGAUUUCCCAGUUGAGUUUCUAAUCUUAUACAGUACUGUACUUUACUUGCAAUAUAUGGAGUCUCACAAGCCUAUCAAUAUCAUCUCUCUUUCUGUCCUCUGCAUUUUUAUUUCUGUAACUUACGCAACUUCUAAAAACUGUGAAUUCCCAGCAAUCUUUAACUUUGGUGAUUCAAAUUCUGAUACUGGAGGAUUUUCUGCUGCCUUCGGUCCUCGUACCCCUCCUUAUGGACAGACUUACUUUGGCAUGCCAGCCGGAAGGGAUUCUGAUGGAAGGCUUAUAAUUGAUUUUAUAGCCAAGAGUUUGAAUCUCCCAUAUUUGAGUGCAUAUCUCAAUUCCUUGGGAGCCAACUUCAAACAUGGUGCAAAUUUUGCUUCAUCAGCGGCCACCAUCAAACUACCACCUUCUGUUAUACCAAAUGGUGGAUAUAGUCCAUUCUACCUUCAACUACAAUAUGACCAAUUUAUGCAAUUCAAAUCCAGAUCGCAGAUUAUCAGAGAAAAAGGAGGUUUAUUUGCAGAAUUGAUGCCUGAGAAAGAUUAUUUUGAAAAGGCUCUAUAUACGUUUGACAUCGGUCAAAACGAAUUUGAUGUUGGAUUCUUUGCCAAUAACAUGUCUGUGGAACAAGUGAAUGCUUCUAUCCCAGAUAUCGUCAAUACCUUUUCACUAUCCGUUAAGAACAUAUACAAUUUGGGAGCUAGAUCAUUUUGGAUUCACAACACAGGUCCUUUUGGUUGUCUGCCUUAUGUUUUGACAAAUUUUCCCUCAGCAGAGAAAGAUAGUGCAGGCUGUGCAAAAGCUUAUAAUAAAGCAGCUCAAUAUUUUAAUCUCAGAUUGAAGGAAAGCAUUGCUCAACUCAGGAAGGAGUUGCCUUUAGCUGCAUUCACAUAUGUUGAUAUCUACUCCGUCAAGUAUUCUUUAUUCGCCGAACCAGAAAAAUACGGUUUUGAGCUUCCACUUGUGGCGUGCUGUGGAUAUGGAGGAAUGUACAAUUUUAGUGGGUCUGUUCGAUGUGGAGAUAAUGUAAGAGUGAAUGGGAGCCAAAUAGUGGUGUCAUGUGAUCGUCCUUCAGUUAGAGUAAAUUGGGAUGGAAUUCAUUAUACUGAAGCUGCCAACAAAUUUGUUUUUGAUCAAAUUUCUACUGGAGCUUUUUCUGAUCCACAUACCCCUUUGAAUAUGGCUUGCCGUAACAUUUACUCAUUAAAUUAUUAUGUACUACUUUGCUGGCUUAGUUCCAAAAUGGAGUUUCUAAAAACUAACAAUUCUACCAUCAGUAUCUCUUGCUUUUGCUUUCUUUUUGUUAAUUUUUCUGUAAUUUUGAACCCUACAUCUGCUUUGAGAAGCUGUGAGUUUCCAGCAAUCUUUAACUUUGGCGACUCGAAUUCCGACACUGGCGCAAUGCCGGCUGCCUUCACUCCUCCUAGCUUCCCUUAUGGGGAGACUUACAAUGAUGAUAUGCCUCCAGAGAGGUAUUCUGAUGGAAGGUUGAUAAUAGAUUUUAUUGCCAAGAGUUUCAAUCAUCCAUAUCUUAGUGCAUAUCUCAAUUCAAUGGGGACAAAUUUUACACUUGGUGCCAAUUUUGCCACUGGAGGAUCCACCAUCACGUUACCAUCUAGUAUUAUACCUAAUGGUCUAUCUAGUCCCUUUUUUCUUGAGGUGCAAGUCCUUCAAUUUCUGCAAUUCAAACUCAAAUCUCAAAUUCUAAGGAAAAAGGGUGGUGUAUUUGCAGAAUUAAUGCCAAAAGAAGAAAUUUUCCCCAAUGCAUUAUACACAUUUGAUAUAGGUCAAAACGACAUUGGAGAUGGGCUUUUGACAAAUAUGUCAAUUGAACAAGUAAAGGCCUCUGUCCCAGAUAUUGUCAAUAAGUUCUCUGAAAAUAUUAAGAAUAUUUACAAUUUGGGAGCAAGAACAUUUUGGAUUCAUAACACAGGACCAAUUGGUUGUCUUCCUUAUAUUCUGGUCAAUUUUCCUGCAGAAAAAGACAGUGCUGGAUGUGCAAAACCUUACAAUGAAAUAGUUCAGUACUUCAAUUUCAAGUUAAACGAGUCCAUAGUUGAACUCAGGAAGAAUUUUUCUUCAGCAACAUUUAUAUAUGUUGACAUCUAUUCUGUCAAGUAUUCUUUAUUCAGUUCACCUAAAAAAUAUGGUUUUGAGCUUCCACUGAUAGCAUGUUGUGGAUAUGGAGGAAUGUACAACUACGAUAAUAAUGCUCGAUGUGGAGAUACAAUCACAGUAAAUGGUAGUCAAGUAGUUGUAGGUGCAUGCGAUCGCCCAUCAGCUCGAGUCAAUUGGGAUGGGAUUCACUAUACGGAGGCUGCCAAUAAAUUUGUUUUUCAUCAAAUUUCAACGGGAGCCUUUAACGAUCCUUCUAUUCCAUUAAAUAUGUUAUGUUACAAGAAUGCUUAUUGAAUUUAAUGUCCAUUU